GCCGGACAAUACGGAAGUGUGUUCUUCGUUGUACUUCUGCACCAUUCAAACGCAUAGAGGUUACUUUUAAAUAUUAAAACACUUCAAUAAACGAUUUAAUCUCCGUUUUAAUGGAGGAAAACUCACAUCUAUCACUUGUGGGUGGUGUCGGAAUCGCGGUGGUGUCUAGUUUUAUCAAUGGCUCCACGUUUGUGCUGCAGAAGAAGGGAAUAUUGCGUUCUCGCAAAGCUGGGAAGACUUACCUGUCUGACUGUGUGUGGUGGACCGGAACACUGGCAAUGAUAGUGGGACAGGUGGGGAAUUUCCUCGCACACAACGCAGCGCCAGCCGUGUUGGUGACCCCACUGGGAGCGCUCGGGGUUCUGUUCGGAGCUGUUCUGGCAUCAUGGCUCCUGCAGGAACAGCUGGAGCUGCUGGGUAAACUGGGCUGUGUGCUGUGCUGCUGUGGCUCUGUGGUGCUCAUCAUUCACUCCCCAAAGACCGAUAGCAUGGCAUCGAGAGCUGAGUUCCAGCAGCAGCUUCUCGACCCAGUGUUUGUGAGCUACAUCACGCUGGUGCUGCUGCUACUGGUGCUGCUGAUUGGCUGGCUCUCUCCAGCGUACGGAAAGUCCAACAUCAUGGUGUACGUGGGAAUCUGUUCCCUGUUGGGAAGCUUCACGGUGCCGAGCUGCAAAGGUCUGGGUCUGGCUGCGAAGGAGGCGUUCAGCGGAGACUCGUCUCCCGAUAACGGAGCUCUGUUCCUCUUCCUAAGCUUGCUGGGAAUUCUCCUGGUCAGCAUCCUGACCCAGUUCACCUUCAUCAACAGAGCCUUGGAGAGCUUCAGCUCCAAUGUCUUCGAGGCUGUGUAUUACGUCACCUUCACGUGCUCUGUCAUCCUCGCCACCGCCAUCUUGUUUAAAGAGUGGGAGGAGCUCGGAGCUCUGGACUGUCUUGGGAUUUUGUGUGGAUUCAUUACGAUAUCUGUGGGAGUGACACUGUUACGCGUGUCUCAGGAAGCCAUGCUCACGUGGACUCCGCCCAAAGCCAAAGACGAGUAGUUUAUAUUUAAACAUCUGUCAGAACUCUGGAAUCAUGCGCUCGUUUCAGGCGGCAGUGUUGCACUACAGCGCCCCCUGCUGGAGAUGAUCUAUUACACCAACACAUGCUCACUUCUGUGGAAUUGUGUCUUGUUAUUAAUUGACAUAUCCUGCUAUUAAGGGUGUGUUUUAACAUAACACACAAAUCAGGAAAUAAAUCAACUGAAUAAAUACUAUACCUCAUCUAACGGUUUAAAUUAAUCCUCAUGUUUCCAUCCUUAUGUCACUGUCUCUACACUUAUGUCACUCCUUCUAUCCUUAUGUCACUCUCUCUAAACUUAUGUGACUCCUGCUACCCUUAUGUCACUCCUUUUAUCCUUAUAUUACUCCUGCUACCCUUAUGUCACUUCUGCUAUCCUUAUCCCACUCCUUUUAUCCUUAUGUCACUCCUGCUACCCUUAUGUCACUCCUUUUAUCCUUAUGUCACUCCCUCUACCUGUAUGUCACUUCCUCUAUACUUAUGUCACUUCUUUUAUCCUUAUAUCACUCUCUCUACCCUUAUGUCUCUCUCCCUACCCUUAUGUCUCUCUCUCUACCCUUAUGUCUCUCUCUCCACCCUUAUGUCACUCUCUCUACCCUUAUGUCACUCUCUCUACCCUUAUGUCUCUCUUUGUAUCCUUAUGUCACGCGUUUCAUCCUUAUGUCACUCCUGCUACCCUUAUGUCACUCCCUCUACCCUUAUGUCAAUCCCAGAACCCUAAUAUAAGUCUCAUUAUCCUAAAGUUCACUGUAUUUAAGAUGAACAGGAAAGGAUUUAAAGCCAGUAUUUUCUCAUUUUUAAUACCUAAUAGAACAGAAAUCUUCCAUUUGGAGAUUUAGACACUGAAUUCCAUUUAUAAAUAUGCAGCUGUGAAACCAAACAAGCACAAGUUUCUUCUUGCUGUGUUUUUUCAGUGUACGUUCUGUCCUGAGGGUGUGUAAACUUUUGCACUCAGCUCUUCGUGCGUAACUCUGUAGCUGAUGUCACUAAUCAGGGUUGAUUAAAUGACACAAGCUGUGAUGUCACUAACGACUCCUGUAUUAACAAAGGUGGUUUUGAACACUAGUGUGAUUUUUAAUUGUUUGUAAUAAUAAUUACGUUUUUUUUCUUAAUAAACAAUAAUGACAAGAAAUCAUACAAAAUCCUCCACAUUCCUUAUUGUGUGACUUUUUUAAUUAAAGACAAAAACCUAAUACUUGCAAAUCGCCAAAAAGUGUAUUUAUCAUAUUUAAUAGUCAUUUCUAUUUAAUUUUUAAAGUGUUAAAUAAUUUUAUACUUGAAUGACUAUUUAAUAACGCAAAAAAUUAAAAGCAA